UGUCUCUCCAAUCAGCAUGUCUCCCAUCAGUCAAUCUCAGUUUAUUCCACUUGGGGAGAUCCUUUGCUUGGCCAUCUCAGCAAUGAACUCUGCAAGAAAACCUGUCACACCAGAAGCAUUGAUGGAACACCUGACUACUUGUUUUCCGGGUGUUCCAACUCCAAGCCAAGAAAUCCUCCGGCACACACUGAGCAUGUUGGUUCGUGAGAGGAAAAUCUACCCCACUCCAGAUGGCUAUUUUAUUGUGACCCCACAGACUUAUUUUAUUACUCCUUCCCUCAUAAGAACUAAUAGUAAAUGGUAUCAUUUGGAUGAGAGGAUACCUGACAGGACUCAGUGUACCUCUCCACAGCCAGGAACCAUCACACCCUCCACCUCGGGCUGUGUCAGGGACAGAACAUUACCCAAAAACCACUGCGACUCUUGCCACUGUUGUAGAGAAGACAUGCACAGCAUGCAUGCAUCUACGCUGCAAAGGAAAGCCGCCAAGGACUGCCCCCCUUCACUAUGCCAAUUGCCACCCACUGAAAAAAGUAAAAGUACUGUAAAUUUUUCUUAUAAGACAGAAACGCUUUCAAAACCUAAAGACAGUGAAAAACAGUCCAAAAAAUUUGGGCUGAAGUUGUUUAGGCUGAGUUUUAAGAAAGACAAGACAAAACAACUAACUAAUUUUUCUGCACAGUUUCCCCCAGAGGAAUGGCCUCUGAGAGAUGAGGAGACGCCCACUACAAUCCCCAGAGAAGUAGAAAUGGAGAUUAUCAGGCGCAUUAACCCAGAUCUGACCGUAGAAAAUGUUAUGAGGCAUACUGCACUAAUGAAGAAACUUGAUGAAGAAAAAGCUCAGAGGAGCAAAACGGGGUCAUCCGCCCACCACAGCGGUAGGAGCAAGAAGAGCAGGAACUAUCGGAAGACCCACGGGAAGACUCGUUCCCACAGCAAGACGCGGGGGUCCAAAGGAGGGGACCCUUCAGAUGGUUCUCAUCUUGAUAUCACAGCAGACAGAGACUAUGACCUGAACGACCCUCUGACUCGCUCACCACGGGAAGGCUGCUUCAUCGUUGAACACAAAGGAGAUCAUUUCAUCACGCACAGCCACCCUAACAUGAUUGAGCCUCAUUUUCCCAUGACACCGGAAUGGGAUGUGUCUGGUGAACUGGCCAAGAGGAGGACUGAAAUGCCUUUUCCUGAGCCUUCCCGGGGAAGUUCUCACUCGAAGGUCCAUCGAAGUCACAGCCAUACCCAGGAUCGCAGGUCCAGGAAUGAAAGGUCCAAUAAAGCCAAGGAGAGAUCUAGGUCAAUGGAUAAUUCCAAAGGCCCUCUCGGUGCUGCUUCCUUAGGGACAACUGAAGACAUAGUUGAAGCGUGUAGCCAAGAUGAUCCAACACUUAGCCAGUCUUAUACUGACGAUAGUACUUUAAGGCCUACACAGACUGUCAGUCACCAAAGGGCUCACAUUUCAUCCACAAACUAUAAAGAGGUGUGUAUACCUGAAGUUGUCAGUGGCAGCAUUGAACCCCCCAAUUCUUGUAGCCUUUCGGAACAAAGCAAACCUCCAGAGAGUUUGCCAUCUUAUAAUGAACUCAAUGCCUGUCCAACCAAAGCUUCCAUGGAUGACUAUUUUCAAUGUAACACCUCCAGCGAGACAGUCCUCACUGCUCCAUCACCUUUGGGGAAGAACAAAGACGAUCCUGACACUCUGACCUUGACUGAUGGGAUGAAAAAGCUGUCUUCUUCUGAGAGGCAGCCCCAGCAUCCCACCAGAGAACCCGUGGUGCACAAAGAGGAGUCGCCCAAAGGGCCAGGGGGAGGCUUGGCAGCAAUUGCUGGCCCAGCCACGGACCCUGUUGCCAAUGGACGACUGAUCCCCCACCAUGGCACAGAGUCAAUCAGCCUAGAUAAGAUAUUCAGCAAAGACACGCUCUUCAAACCACUCCAUAGUGCCCUGUCCAUGAAUAAUUAUCACAAGCCAACCGUGUCCCUCCUGAAAGCUCACCCACAGUCGUCUCCCGAUGCUUUGCCGGGUCGCUGCGAGAUCCUGGAACAGUCCCUGGCAGCCUCUGUCAGUCAAGCCGUGCCCCUUUCCCAACGACAGCAGGAAGCCUGUGGGAACCAGGAAGCUUCAUUUGACUACUACAAUGUCUCCGACGAUGACGACUCUGAGGAAGGGGCACACAAGAACGCAGAGGAGGAGAAGAAUCGGGAUGAUGUGGGGACCAUGCAGUGGCUGCUAGAGAGGGAGAAAGAAAGAGACCUACAGAGAAAAUUUGAGAAGAACCUCACUCUCCUUGCCCCAAAGGAAAACGAUAACAGUAACAGCCAGAGGGCAACACAUUCUGCCCGGCUAGACAGCAUGGACAGUAGCAGUAUCACCGUGGACAGUGGAUUUAAUUCACCACGGAAUUGAAAAAAGCAAUGUUUCUGCAGCUGUAGAGAUCACCAAUCUGGACUGUACCCGUGAGAGCCUGGCUUCCAACACUUCCAGCAUUGUUGAAAGUAACCGUCGUCAAAACCCAACCCUGAGCCCUGCGCACAUAGGCGCUGCUCCAGCAUUCAGCUUCCGCACAAGUACAGACCCCUCUGCAAAUGAAGCCGAGAAGUUGCCGAAACCCAAUUGCUUGCAAGCUUCUGUUACUAGUGUGUGAUGGUCAUUCUGCCUCCUCCAAUCUUCUGUCUCAUCCUGUAUGGCGAAGUUUACGACAUUGGGACUGAUGUUUACAUCUUUGGGAAGACAAGCAUCUCCACCACAGUUUUGGUGUUUACUUCAACUGUGCUGCUAAGUAGGCUAGGACAAAAAAAACAAACAAAAAAAACAAAAACAAAAACAAAAAAAAUCUUAAUUUCCAAGUAUUGUUUUUCACGUUUAUGGCUCUGUAGCAACAGACUAGCCCAGUAGGGGUAAUGUGUAUACUUUUGCUUAAUUGAUCAUAACUGAGCACAUAGGUCAAAGUCUAGCCACUGUAGGUGUUAGCUGCAUUUUUUGGUGUCAUACGGUUGCUCAUUCCAUUUACAAAUGCCACAGAUGUGUGAUGAUGCUCCUAGUCCAUGGUUGAACGGUGCCACAGAACUGAUCCUCGAUACCUAUUUCCCCCAAGUUAAGCCACCAUAGAAAGCAUAUAAUAAAAGGCACAGGUCAUCUUGAGGAAACACAACGCCAAACACUACUAGAAAGGACCUCAGCCCUUCUCUGUCUGUGAAUUAUUUAGACACCCAUCAUUUUCACUGUGAGUUCUCAUGACACACUUUUUGCAGGAGCCCUUGGAAGUGAGUCAGAAGGGAUUGUGUUCGAAUCAGUGGGUGUGUUUUGUUUUGUUUUGGUGAAUAAUAUCAGAUGCUUGUCUGAUUCUUUACCUUCCAUAACUAUGAACAGGAAUAUAGGCCUUUGAAUUUGAAAUGGACAAAGGAAGGGGGAAUUACCAACUUGACUUAGCAAGAGCACACUAAGUGAUGGAAGAGGUAAUGUGGAUUUUUUUUUCUAAGUAUUAAAUCAUGUAUCUUAGGGAGGUCAUUUUAUUCUUGUGAUACUUAUGAUGUUCCUAGUUUAAUAUAAUAGAGGAAAUAGCUAAUUUGUUUAAAUGAAAAGCAAUUUCUUUGUGAUACAAAUGAAGAGUAUGGCCUGAGGAGUUUAUUUCUUUCUAAUGGAAGGACAUAAUUCUAUUUUAUGUAGUUUUAAAUAGAAUGCCUAAAUUAGGCUGUGGAAAAUAAUCUUUAGUGGUUAUAUGGAAGAGCAAAUUUAGGGAGAGUUGAAAUUCAGGCCUUUGAUUCCUGGAAAGAUGUUUGUAGACAUAUAAAAAUACGAUUUCAGUGGAAACAGAAUUGUGCCCGUGGGAUUAAUAGCAGGAGGCCCUAAUUCUACAGGUGUGGCAUAUACAUAAUUUGUACUCCCCUAAAAUUUCCCAGAAUAAUUAUGCAUAUAUGAACUAUGCCAGAGUAAUGUUUACAGAUACAUUGUACCAACUUUCAGGAGUCACUCUUAGAUAGGCUUAUAGAUAUCAUUAGCUCAUAUUGUUCCCACAAAUGGUUUGUUAAUGUUUGGUUUUGGUUUCUAGUUUAAGGUAUUAAAGACGCCUUUCCACAGCUUAGGGAUUAUUACGAAGAUACCAAAUUUUCAGUCUCAAAAUAAGUUGGUAUUUGAAAACAGAUUUUUGUUGGAACAAC